AUGAAGGUGGGCGGCGGUCUGUGCACGCUGAACGUUGGCGGCCGCAGGUUCCUGUUCUCUGCAGAGCGACUGCAGCGCCUCCCUCUGAGCAGGCUGAGCCGGCUGCAGCGCUGCGUGACGGAGAGCGAGCUGCUGGAGCUCUGCGACGACUACGACCGCGACAGGAACGAGUUCUUCUUCGACCGCCACUCCGAGGCGUUCGGCUUCAUCGUGCUGUACCUGCAGCGCGGCUCGCUGCGCCUGCUGCCGCACAUGUGUGAGCUGUCCUUCUACAACGAGAUGCUGUACUGGGGCCUGGAGAGCUGCCACCUGCUGCCCUGCUGCCAGCGCCGCCUCCAAGACCGCGCCUCCGACUGCUUCAUCCACCUCCUCCCUGGGGAGGAGCUGGGUCCCAGGGAGGAGCUGGGCCCCCGGGAGGAGCUGGGUCCCAGGGAGGAGCUGGGCCCCCGGGAGGAGCCGCGGGGCCGCUGGCUGGAGAGGAUGAGGAGGACGUUGGAGGAGCCCACCUCCUCGGUGGCGGCGCAGGUCCUGGCCUCGGUGUCGGUGCUGUUCGUCCUCGUCUCCAUGGUGAUGCUGUGUGCCAGCACCUUACCGGAUUGGACAACUGCAGAGACGCUGGACCAGCACAGGGUCAUAGAGGCGGUGUGUAUUGGCUGGUUCACCGCUGAGUGUCUCGUCCGUUUCAUCGUGUCUCGGGAUAAAUGUGAGUUCAUCAGUCGUCCUCUGAACAUCAUCGACCUUCUGGCCAUCACACCGUACUACGUCUCAGUUACCGUGACGAUCCUGACGGGGGAGAACUCGCAGCUGCAGCGGGCCGGCGUCACGCUGCGUGUGCUGCGCAUCAUGAGGAUCUUCUGGGUGAUCAAGCUGGCGCGUCACUUCCUGGGGCUGCAGACGCUCGGCCUGACGCUGCGCCGCUGCUACCGCGAGAUGGUGAUGCUGCUGGUCUUUGUCUUCGUCGCCAUGGCGAUCUUCAGCGCACUGGCCCAGCUGCUGGAGCACAGCCUGGACCUGGAGGCCAGCAACCAGGACUACGCCAGCAUCCCCGCCGCCUGCUGGUGGGUCAUCAUCUCCAUGACGACGGUGGGCUACGGGGACGUGUACCCGGUGACGGUGGCGGGCCGCGUGCUGGGCGGAGUCUGCGUGGUGAGUGGCAUCGUGCUGCUGGCGCUGCCCAUCACCUUCAUCUACCACAGCUUCAUCCAGUGCUACACCGAGCUGAAGCUCCGCUCCGCCCGCUCCGCCCUCUCCGCCCGCAGCCUGUCUCACGAGUUCAUCAGCUGA